AUGGUGAUUGGCUGUUUUGGUGGUUCAAGUAAACCGGCUAAUUUAGAAGAGUUUCUACGUCCGUUAGUAACGGAGAUUAAUAAUUUGCAACAGACAGGCUUGCGAUUCGGCGAACGAGUUAUCCCUUUUCGUCUUCGUGCUUUUAUAGCAGAUUCUCCGAUGCGAGCUUUCUUAAAAGGCACCGUUAAUUUCAAUGGAUUGCACGGAUGUUUGAAAUGUACAGCAGUAGGUAUGAGUGUGAGAACGGCAAAAGGCAGAAAAGUCGUCAUCGAUGCAGUCAAUGCACCGCCUCGCACGGAUGCUGGCUUUAGGAGCAGAGCUUAUAACGGACAUCAUUUAGGAUGCACACCACUGGAGGAGAUAACUAAUUUUGACAUGAUCGAAGGCGUUCCCGUAGGAGACCGUCUCCAUCUUAUAGACGAAGGGGUCACGAAAAAAAUUUUGAAUGGAAUGAUAGACAAUUCAUUCAAUAAACAGCAGUUCAUACACUGGUUACCUUUGCAGAGGAAAGUUGUAUCUGCUUUUCUUGAAAAAUCUCGUCUUCCUUUUGAGAAUAAGGAUGAACUUCUUGGCUAUAACUAA